UUGCUCACAACAGUGAAUCUAUUGCUUAUCAUGACCACUGUGCACCGGAAAUGAAGCAGAUUUCUCUGGUUUUGUCUUCCUCGAUCUAUUCCCAAAAGCAAAAUCCUGAUUUUUCAGUUCACCAACAACAAGCUAAGCUAAGCUAAGCUAAACCCUCCUUCUAGCUAAGCACCGACAACAAAGGAAAUAGAAAGCAACAGAUCGAAACUAAGAGUGUAGUGCGGGAAAGGGACAAGCUGGGCUAGAUAAUUGUUUCUUAAAGUUCAAAAUGUCAAAUAUUACAGGUGAUAUUGAAGAAGGUAGCUUCUCCUCUGGGAACACAGCCGGGGAAGAAGUUCAUCAAGAAAAGCAGCUGCAAAACCACUUGCAUGGCUCCAACUCCGGUGGAGGUUCCGGCGGGGGGAGGAGUAACAGCAAUGGCUCUGUCACUACCCAACAGCAGCAGCAGCAGCCAACCAAGAAGAAGAGAAACCUUCCCGGAACUCCAGAUCCGAGUGCAGAAGUUAUUGCUCUAUCACCAACGACUCUAAUGGCGACGAACCGAUUUGUGUGUGAGAUCUGCAACAAAGGGUUUCAGAGAGACCAGAACCUUCAGCUUCACAGGCGAGGCCAUAACCUUCCAUGGAAGCUGAGGCAAAGAACCAGCACUGAGGUUAGGAAAAGGGUUUACAUAUGCCCUGAGCCAACCUGCGUCCACCACAACCCGGCUCGUGCUUUAGGAGAUCUUACUGGCAUUAAAAAGCACUUUAGCCGAAAACACGGUGAGAAAAAGUGGAAAUGUGACAAGUGCUCCAAGAAAUAUGCAGUGCAGUCAGACUGGAAGGCUCAUCAGAAGACUUGCGGCACUAGGGAAUACAAAUGUGAUUGUGGAACCAUCUUUUCCAGGAGAGAUAGCUUUAUCACCCACAGAGCCUUCUGUGACGCAUUGGCAGAAGAAAACAACAAAGUAAACCACGGACUCAUAAUGAACAACAACAUGGGGACCCAUAACCAAAUGCCUGAUCACCUCAUCUCCUCCAUGCCGAUGAACACCAACACCUCAAUGGGAAUCGGAGCUGGAGCAAUCUCCGAAUACAACAACUACGACCCGAAAAACCCUAUGAAAUCCCUCCCGGAGGAUCUUGUCCCAAUGCCGUUCAAGUCCAUCAUGAACACCAAUCUCCCAGCCGGAGGAGGAAUGUUUUCCAGCAGCUCCGGCUCGCUUUUCGGCGGCCCUAGAAGUGUCAACUCCUCCACCUCCUCCAGCCUCCAGCUCAGCUCCAACAACAGCUCGUCCGCCGGGUUCAACUACCUUCAAGACAGCAAAAACGGGUGCGGUGGAAGCCCUAAUAUAACCGGUUCGGCUCAAAUGUCAGCCACUGCUUUGCUCCAGAAGGCAGCUCAAAUGGGCGCCACCGCCAGCAACACUACUAUAAACUCCCCCAUGAUGCAGAAGAGCUUCGUCACCAGCAUGGCGGGCCCGGAGAACCACCACCUCCUCUCCACCAACUCAAUCAGCAACGUCACUCGACCGCCGUACGAUCACCACCCUCACUUCCAGCAAGUCCAACAACAGCUACCAGAUCACCACCAGAUGGUUGGGAUGCACGGCUUCACCAACCAGCUCUUCGGUGACGCAAACGCCACUUCAGCUGCGAGCUCGGCGGCGAUGAGUGACCGCAUGGGGAUGUUCAGUCAGGUGGUGUUUAACAUGGGGAGUGGAGGCAGUCACGAGCAGAACCAGGCGUUGCUGAGGAACUUGGAGCAGCAGAGUUUCGGAGGGAGCGGCGGCGAAGGAGGGGAUAUGACUACGCUUGAUCUCUUGGGGCUCGGCGGAGGAGGAGGAGCGAGGCCUCAGCCGCAGAAUUUGCAUGAGCAACAUCAGCAGAGGUUGGACUUGGAAGCGAUGAGCCAGCCGAGAAUGCCAAUGAUGAACCCCUUCCACCAGCAACAGCAGCGCUCGCAUGGCGACUCGCCGGUGGAAAGCAACCCGUUUGGAAUGUGAGCAUCGGCUACGGAGUACUAGUACUGUAUUACUGCGACUUGGUCAUGAGUUAUCAUAACUAGGUCUUGUUUUUGCGUCAUCUUCGGCUUUGCUGACUGGGUGAGGGUUCGAGUCUUUGAGAGUGGGCCUUCAUUAUUUGUAUUGUUGUGAAGGGGCCUUGGGAAUUUAGGUAAGUCAAACGUGGGCCUUUGUCUCGACCCCAGUCGCCAUUUAUGUAUGACCCCAAUCACAUUUCAACUCUAGGAAAGUAGGAUCAAUAUCAUUUUAUUCACUCAAAACACCAAAAACAUGUAAUUUAUCCUUUUCAUA